ACAACAAAACCCUAGCGCAGUCGCAGCACACUAUAUUAGAGUUUCAGAUCCUCAAUCAGCCAGCUACAACAGCAUCGUCGGCGGCGUAACCCUCCAACAACAACACUUCCUCGUCAGAAAAUGUCUCUGGUGGCGAACGAGGAUUUCCAGCACAUUCUGCGUGUGCUGAACACCAACGUGGAUGGGAAGCAGAAGAUAAUGUUCGCAAUGACCUCCAUCAAGGGUAUUGGAAGGAGAUUCGCCAACAUCGCUUGCAAGAAGGCUGAUGUUGACAUGAACAAAAGGGCUGGUGAGUUGACUGCUGCUGAGUUGGACAGUGUGAUGACUGUGGUGGCGAACCCUAGGCAGUUCAAGAUCCCAAACUGGUUUUUGAACAGAAAGAAGGAUUACAAGGAUGGCAAAUACUCUCAAGUUGUGUCUAAUGCUCUUGAUAUGAAGCUCAGGGAUGAUCUCGAGAGACUCAAGAAAAUCAGGAACCAUCGUGGUUUGAGACACUACUGGGGUCUUCGUGUACGUGGCCAGCAUACCAAGACCACUGGUCGUAGGGGUAAAACUGUUGGUGUGUCCAAGAAGCGCUGAGCUCUCACUUCCUUUCUUUUUUUCCCGUUUUUUGAAGGAGAUAUAUUUUUGUUUUGUUAAAGUCGACAAAAUUUUAUUGAGAACGGAUUUGGAUUUUGUUGCAUUCGAACGUUGAUUUUGAUUGGGUUGGUUGAUCUUAUUUAUUUUACUUAUUAAUCCUAUGUCUUUUUGGUCCAA